GUGAAUGGUGUUGGUGUGAAUGAUGUUGAUGUGAAUGGUGUUGGUGUAAAUAGUGCUGAUGUAAAUGAUCUUGGUGUCCCAUUCAGCUAUCUUAAAAUCUCACUGGAUAAGACCAUCUGCUAAAUUACUAAAAUGUUAAAUUGUAAGCACAAACCUUAGCCCACAUUGCCCCCUUUGGAUACAUGCAGAAACAGCAGGCCUUUACUAUCCACAGGAAAUAACUCCGGACACGCUGUAGUCCUGACUAUUGCCUGACCUAGCCAGGACACGAAGGUUUACUCCUGGGAAACACGGUAGAAGGACUAAACAACAAACUAACCGAAACAAUUAUUCUGGAUUUUGUUUUAAUAGAAAUCCACUGUAUCUACUUAGGCUCUAACAGUAGGCUCUAACUAUCCAUGUUGGGAGGGACCACUGACCAACGGACAGAUAGAAUGUUCUCGAUGAAGAUCGAGUUUGGCGCCAGGACGCUUAAUAUGUGUAUCAGAGUGGGCUGAGGGUGUUUCAAUCGGGCGGUUCUGUCCAUUUGCCCCUUCCAGUGAAAGCGUGGUGUUGACUCGCCCCCUAGCCGUGGUCUGGGGUAGUGUGCGGCAGGAGCUCAGAUCAGACACUGUAGCUGAGAGGGAACAGCCCAACUCUCCACGGGCCACAACCGAGCUAGCCUCCCCUCUCUCCCCUAGCUUUGUCGGACUGUUCUCAAGUUCAAAAAACCCCAGGGGAUCUAACAAAUCUACAUCGAGGCGAAGUUUUCUUUUAUUUUCUUUGCCUGAUAGGCCAAUCUAAAAUACACGGACAGUGGCUUCGUUUAAAAUGAGUUUAUAGCGCUUGUUGAACGGCUUUUGUCUUGGUUGUGUUUGUGUUUUUUCCUCUACUCGGCCAUCCUCUGGUUCUUUAUUUGAGAAGACAUCUAACUCUAACCAAAAUGGACACGGGAGUAUCUCCCGUCUGCGCAAUAAUGCGGUUGUUCACAUAACGGAUAAAUAAGGGUAUCAUAGCUACUUAUAUUUUCUCCAGCUAACGGACCACAAAAGUUUUUUCAUGUUGGGGAUUUACCACUUAAACUUUUAAUCUGAACGCAUUAAAUAGGAGUGGAUGAUCUCGUAACAUGACAAGGAUAACGACAUAAUUUACUGCCUUUUUGUGGAGGAGAAAAAUCUUAAUUUUAUUAUUCAUUUCAUUUGGAUGACCUAGCCUGCUAAAACAAAACAAAAAUACAAAACGUAGCAUAUUUGCAUGAGAGUGUGGGCUGAACUCAACAUAUUAUGAAAAGUUUUUGCUGAAGUUUGGUGUGUUGGUUAAAAACAGACUAUGUCUGGAGUGGUACGAAGCCUGAGCCGCUGCCUGCUACCGGCGGAAGCCACCAGAGAGGCAGGCGGCAGCAAGGAAAGGAGCCGGGACAGGGAUGCGGUCCAGGAACGAGAGGCUCGUAGAAGGAGCCGGGAGAUCGAUGCCAUGCUUGCCCGGGAGAGGCGUGCUGUACGGCGGUUAGUGAAAAUCCUUCUUCUCGGCGCUGGAGAGAGUGGCAAGUCAACCUUCCUCAAACAAAUGAGGAUUAUUAACGGGAAAGAGUUUGACAAGAAAGCACUGCUGGACUUCCGGGACACAAUCUUUGAGAAUAUCAUAAAGGGGAUGCGGGUGUUGGUGGAUGCCCGGGACAAGCUGGGGAUUCCAUGGCAGAACUCGGAGAAUGAGAAGCACGGCAUGUUUGUGAUGUCUUUCGAUGGACGUGGCGGAGUGGCGGUGGAACCAAUAGAAUUCCAGCUGUAUGUCCUGGCGCUGGAUGCCCUGUGGAGGGAUUCAGGAAUACACGAGGCGUACACACGACGCAGCGAGUUUCAGCUGAGUGAGUCAGUAAAGUACUUCCUGGAUAACCUGGAUCGGAUUGGCCAGCUGAACUAUGUACCUAGUCGGCAGGAUAUUCUGUUUGCACGGAAGGCAACUAAAGGAAUUGUAGAACAUGACUUCGUCAUAAAGAAGAUUCCAUUUAAGAUGGUGGAUGUUGGAGGUCAGAGGUCACAGAGACAGAAAUGGUUCCAGUGCUUUGACGGGAUUACAUCUAUACUCUUCAUGGUCUCUUCCUCUGAAUAUGACCAGGUUCUGAUGGAGGACCGCCGGACCAACCGGCUGGUGGAGAGUAUGAAUAUCUUUGAGACCAUCGUGAACAACAAGCUCUUCCUUCACGUGUCCAUCAUUCUCUUCCUCAACAAGACGGACCUGCUUGUGGAAAAAAUACGCCAGGCAGACAUCUCUAAAUACUUCCCUGAGUACAGAGGAGACCCUGAACGCCUGGAGGAUGUACAGGCUUUCCUGGUGCAGUCCUUCAGUCGUAAACGACGUAACCGUGGGAAACCACUGUUCCAUCACUUCACCACGGCAAUAGACACGGAGAACAUUCGCUUUGUGUUCCAUGCUGUUAAAGACACCAUACUUCAGGAGAACCUGAAGGACAUCAUGCUGCAGUGACACAAAAACACUGCGCACACACACAGACAUUACACACUGUAACUACACACACUGCAUACACCUUACACACACACACA